AAAAGACAGAGAGGACUCAAAAAGGGUUUCUUGAUUACACAAAACCAGAAGUGAGAGAGAGAGAGAGAGAGAGGAACAAAGAUCAAUCUUUUCGUUUGUUCUUCUUCGUGUUGACUCGCGGCUGUGGAAGAAGAGUUUGAGAGGAAUCGUGGGUCGACGAGUUUCUGUACAAUCAGUAAUGGGUUCCGGCAGAAAACGGAAAGGACAAAGAAAGAAAGAAGAAGACAGUAACGUUAACGCUAUUCCGGAGAGUUCGAGAGAGAUUGUACAGAACAUGAAGGAAGUCGUGAAUUGCUCUGAACAAGAGAUUUACGCAAUGCUUGUUGAAUGCAAUUUGGACGCUGACGAAGCCAUUACUCGUCUUCUUUCUCAAGGUUUCUUCCAUAAAGAUCCUGCCUUUUUAUUCUGGGUUUUAUAAGCUUUGAAGUUGUUUGGUUGAAACUUGAAAGUGGAAGAAACGAAGAUGAAACAAACCAGAGCAAGGCUUGUUUGUUUUAUUCCCUCUGAUUGAGUGAUUGAUAGUUUUCAGGAAGUGAAGAGUAAACGAGACAAGAAGAAAGAGGCCAAGGAAAAGUCGAGAAAGUGCGAGAGAGACGAAGACAGUAAUGUAAAUGCAGAUAUUGUGAAGUGCUCAGAACAAGAGACUAGCGCAACAAUGCUUGUAAAAUGCAACAUGGAUGCUGACAAAGCCGCUAAUCGUCUUCUUUCUCAAGGUUUCUUCGAAAAGUUUCUGCCUUUCUUUCUGGAUUUUAAAGCUUUGAAGUUGUUAAGUUGAAAGUAAAGUGGGAAGAAGAAACGAAGAUGAAAGAUUCACAGAGCAAUGCUUGUUUCUUUUUCCUCUUAUUGAUGGUAUUCAGCAAGUUAAGAGCAACCAAGAUGAGAAGAAAGAGACCAAAGACACAUCGGAGUCUCAAAGUGUUGGUAGUAGCAACCAGAAUCGUGAAUUGAGUAAUGACGGUGAUAAUCAUGUUGAUCAAGGUGGCGGAAACAAGUCUAACUCAGAUGAGACGAGUAAUGUGAAAGGAAUUCGUUAUCCUGUGGCUGGUUCAUCUACUACAGCCGGUAUUCUUGGUUCUGGUCCUUCAUUGAACAGUUCAGGUGAAGCAGUUUCUUCGUUAUCUGUGCCAUCGUCUAGGUUAAUAUCUGCUUGGGAAUAUGGUACCUCUGGUCAUAGAACAAUGGCUGAUGUUGUGAAGAUGGGUAUAGCUUCAUUAAAAGAGAGUGUGAGGAAAGGUCCUGUCAAGGAUGAUUGUCACUUACGUGAGAGGCCAGAUGAGUCUGCUGCUAGAAGAGAUGAGUCUACUUCGGUAUCCAACCAAAACUUGCAUGAAAGUUUUUCUUAUUUCUCUAACUCACUUUCUGAGUUUGGUGCUGGAAGAAUUCAACGUCGAGGGUCUGCAUUGGUAUCGAACCAAAACUUGUGGGAUAACAGAGUUACUCAUCCAUUGUCUACCUCAUAUGAUGCUAAAAGAGAAGAAGAAUUUCUCAAGUUUACUCCAGAAUUUAUCCUAAAAGUCCACAUUGACGAUGUUGCUACUAGAGAAGAUCAACUUCGAGAGUCUACUUCACUAUCCAACCAAAACUUUCACGAUGAAGACAAUGGAGGCUCGCGGUUGUUGUGUGACAAAUACAAUAAUAAAAAUGAUGAGACUUACCAAGAGCAAAGACGUUCAUUUGAGCACAAUCAAACCGAAGGUCUAUCAGCGUCUAUGGACACCAAUCUACAGCAGCUCUCAAUAGAGAAUGAUAAGCCGGAAACAUCGGUUAAAGGGUUACAACAUGUGCAAUGUGGUAGUUUUGGUUCUGGGAUGAAUGGAUCCGCCCAACCCAGCAGUCUCCCAUCAGGACUCUUGAAUGAUGAUGACUCAGAAGAUAUAUCCGGUUCUGUGGUGUCUCCUUUAAGUCUUCAGAUGCAGAAUAUUAAUACAAUCCCCACUGUGCGUCAACAAGCAUACACAAAGGAAACAGAUCCUCAGGCUUCUCCUCUCAAUCAGUCAAUGCCUACGACAUCUUCACUUGAUCCCAGGCUAUCAGUUUCCAUGACCGAGCCAACACAGAAUGACACCUACGACAUGUCACCAUCAGCAUUUCAUAAACAUGGUGGUCGUAACAACAACAGUUACCAUCUAAGAUCCUCAACUGUACCACUUUCUCACUACAGCAACAGUGUUCUUUCUCCAUCUGCUGUCGCUGUUCCUUCCGCUCACAGUUCCACUAAUGGUUUUGGCAUGUCGAGCGAUACCGCUGCAAACUCGAUGUGUGGGUAUGAAGAUGUCCUCAGCUCAGAAUUUAGCAAUCACUUGGCAACACUUCAGCAUCAGAAUGGGACCUCAAAUAUGUGGACUCCUCAAGGACUCAACGACUCAGGAAACAGCUUAUUCUCGGGUCCUCAGGAUCAGCAGUCAUAGAGUUUCAGACAUAGCCAAGAGCAACAAGGGCAAGAAUAAGAGCAGCCUUAUGAAGAUGAAAGCAGUCGUUACGGACCAAGGAAACAAAUAGAAGAGACCGUGGCGAAGAAACAACUGCUAAUGGAUUUGCUUUUCUUAAAUCCUAGCUAACCCCUUUUUUGUGCCUUAGCCUUAGAAAAUCUGAAAGAACGUUUCUGCUUUUACUAGUUAGGUUCGGCUUCUUUCUUGCCAUCAUUUUUUUACUUUCAAUGUAAAUAAUCAAAAUAUUGUAUACACAAGAAAGAUAAA